CUUUAAUCUCUCUUUAAAAUCUGCUUUGUGUUUUUCUUCUUAAUUUUCCCCUUUCUGCAAGUUACGGAUUUUGAAGGACAUAGAAUUCCUACUAAUCUAGCAGAAAAGGAUUAAUGGCUUUUGCAAGGUCAACGUCGAUGUUGAUGAUGUUACUCCUUUUCACUGCAUGGUUCUUCUCUGCACAAGCCAGCCGUCAGCUUUCAGGUGGAAUUGCAGGGGCAAAGAAAGACAUUGUUGAAACCGAAGUUGCUACUGCUCCUACUAAUGGCUUAGAUGGAGGAAAGAAGGCGGAGGAGGACGACAGCAAACUUGUGAAGCUGGAGAAAGUAAAAGUUAAGGGUGCUGAGAAAAAGCAGAGUGUUAGCCAUUUCUCAGAUGAAGCUGAUGAGACAGGAUUUGUGGCUUUCAAUGUCGAUUAUCAUGGUCCUACGCAUCACCCUCCUAAGAAUAAUUAACCAAUAAAUUACAGUUAGUAUGAGUAGUAUAUAUAUUAGAAAGAAUCAAAUAAAUAAUGUUGGAGAAUAGUAGUGAAUUAGGGUGUAAUCCAACUAUGAAUGCUAAGUGAUGUUAUGGUUUAAUUCUGGUUUACAUGAUUACACUAAUCUCCUUUAAUCCAUCUUAUGUUACAUUUCCUUUUUCUUUUUUUCUUUUUUUCUUUUUUUUGAAUCCGGUGUGUUUGUUAUGUUUUGGCUGUCUAAUUGUUGUUUGUCAAUUGAAUUUCACUAAAAUCAUGGUUUUUCU